UCUUGAGUGUCCCAGGCUGGCCUCUUAACUCUUUAUGUAGCCCAGACUAACCUUGCCUGGAGAUCCUCCUGCCUCAGCCCCCUGAAUGCUAGGCUUAUGGUGUGCACCAUUACACCGUCUACUUACUUACUUACUUACUUACUUACUUACUUAUUCAAAAAUGGUUUGGGUAUGAGUCAUUGGACCUGAGUUUUAAUUAAAAUAGCCACAGUGAAUAACCACUUUUUAGGCUAAUAAGUAUAAAUUAACUCAGAUUUUGGUUCUCUUGUUUAGUAUUUCUUUUGGAUUCUUAGUAUGUAUUAACAUAGGUUACUUACUUAAAGGUAGCAGAUUGAAAAGUUUUAGGAUGAAAUAUGGAAUCAGGGACUUGAGUCUACUUAAGUAUUUGUAACUUGUGAUCAAUCCAAUAUUCUAUUUCUUUUAGAAUUUUGAGCCCUAAAAAAUGACUCUUAAUAAUUACCAAGUUUAUAGGAAAGAUGCUAACAAAUUUUAAAUAUUAACUCUUAUGCAUCCUUUGGUUAUUUUUUUUCCCACUUAAGCUUUGUUUCUUGUUGACUUACACAUUUCUUUUAAAUCUUACUGAAUGAUCAGUAGUCUGAAUUAUGUAUAUUGUAAUUUUAAAGUCCUACAGUUUUUCCCUGAAACUUUUGAGUCUUGGGAUUGAACUUCUAAUUGUUUCCAGAAAUAAUGCCUUUGAAAGUUGAAAUUGUCCAGGUUUACAUUGUAAAUGGCACUCAACACUCAGCUUUUAGAUUAUCUAAAUUAAAGAAAGACAUUGCCUGCAGUAGUUUGAGAGCUUAAUAUAGUAGCUGGGCAUUCAUUCUUGCAGCUAAAAACUUGGUGUGAUAAACAGGAGUCUGACCUGGCCGUUGCCUUUUCUCAUCUGCAGGUGUGUGUGGUUUCAGCGCAGCAUGGCUGUGGUCAUCCGUUUGCAAGGUCUCCCAAUUGUGGCAGGGACCAUGGACAUUCGCCACUUCUUCUCUGGAUUGACCAUCCCUGAUGGGGGCGUGCAUAUUGUAGGGGGUGAACUGGGUGAGGCUUUCAUCGUUUUUGCCACUGAUGAAGAUGCAAGGCUUGGUAUGAUGCGCACAGGUGGUACAAUUAAAGGGUCAAAAGUAACACUGUUGUUGAGUAGUAAAACAGAAAUGCAGAAUAUGAUUGAACUGAGUCGUAGGCGUUUUGAAACUGCCAACUUAGAUAUACCACCAGCAAAUGCUAGUAGAUCAGGACCACCACCUAGCUCAGGAAUGAGCGGCAGGGUAAACUUGCCUACAACUGUACCCAACUUUAAUAAUCCUUCACCAAGUGUAGUUACUGCUACAACUUCUGCUCAUGAAAGCAACAAAAACAUACAGACAUUUUCCACAGCCAGCGUAGGAACUGCUCCUCCAAGUCUGGGGGCUUCUUUUGGAAGCCCAACGUUCAGCUCGACCAUUCCAAGUACAGCCUCUCCAAUGAAUACAGUCCCACCACCGCCAAUUCCUCCAAUCCCUGCAAUGCCUUCUUUGCCACCGAUGCCAUCCAUUCCCCCAAUACCAGUUCCUCCUCCAGUACCUACAUUGCCUCCUGUGCCUCCUGUUCCUCCUAUUCCCCCAGUCCCUUCAGUGCCACCCAUGACCCCACUGCCACCCAUGUCAGGUAUGCCACCCUUGAAUCCACCACCUGUGGCACCUCUACCUGCUGGAAUGAAUGGCUCUGGAGCACCUGUGAAUCUGAACAAUAAUCUGAACCCUAUAUUUUUGGGUCCAUUAAAUCCUGUUAACCCUAUCCAGAUGAACUCUCAAAGCAGCGUGAAGCCACUUCCCAUCAACCCUGAUGAUCUGUAUGUCAGUGUACAUGGAAUGCCCUUUUCUGCAAUGGAAAAUGAUGUCAGAGAUUUUUUCCAUGGGCUCCGUGUUGAUGCAGUGCAUUUGUUAAAAGAUCAUGUAGGUCGAAAUAAUGGGAAUGGAUUGGUUAAGUUUCUCUCCCCUCAAGAUACAUUUGAAGCUUUGAAACGAAACAGAAUGCUGAUGAUUCAACGCUAUGUGGAAGUUAGCCCUGCCACAGAGAGACAGUGGGUGGCUGCUGGAGGCCAUAUCACUUUUAAGCAAAGUAUGGGACCUUCUGGACAAGCUCAUCCCCCUCCUCAAACACUUCCCAGGUCAAAAUCGCCCAGUGGGCAGAAAAGGUCAAGGUCAAGAUCACCACAUGAGGCUGGUUUUUGUGUUUACUUGAAAGGGCUACCAUUUGAAGCAGAAAACAAGCAUGUCAUUGAUUUUUUUAAGAAGUUGGAUAUUGUAGAAGAUAGUAUUUACAUAGCUUAUGGACCCAAUGGGAAAGCAACUGGUGAAGGCUUUGUAGAGUUCAGGAAUGAGACUGACUAUAAAGCUGCUCUGUGUCGUCAUAAACAAUACAUGGGCAAUCGCUUUAUUCAAGUUCAUCCAAUUACUAAGAAAGGUAUGCUAGAAAAGAUAGAUACAAUUCGAAAAAGACUCCAGAACUUCAGCUAUGACCAGAGGGAAAUAAUGUUAAAUCCAGAGGGGGAUGUCAAUUCUGCCAAAGUCUGUGCCCACAUAACAAAUAUUCCAUUCAGCAUUACCAAGAUGGAUGUUCUUCAGUUCCUUGAAGGAAUCCCAGUGGAUGAAAAUGCUGUACAUGUUCUUGUUGAUAACAAUGGGCAAGGUCUAGGACAGGCAUUGGUUCAGUUUAAAAAUGAAGAUGAUGCACGUAAGUCUGAACACUUACACCGUAAAAAACUGAAUGGGAGAGAAGCUUUUGUUCAUGUAGUUACACUAGAAGAUAUGAGAGAGAUUGAAAAAAAUCCCCCUGCCCAAGGAAAAAAGGGUUUAAAGAUGCCUGUGCCAGGUAAUCCUGUAGUACCGGGAAUGCCCGCUCCUGGGAUGCCUGCUCCUGGGAUGCCUGCUCCUGGGAUGCCCACUUCGGGAAUGCCUGCUGCAGGAAUACCCGCUGCAGGAUUGCCCGCUGCGGGAUUGCCAGGUGCUGGAAUGCCUGCUGCAGGAAUGCCAGGUGCGGGGAUGCCUGGUGCGGGAAUGCCUGCUGCAGGAAUGCCCGGUGCAGGAAUGCCUGGUCCUAGUGCAGGAGGCGAAGAACAUGCCUUCCUGACUGUAGGAUCAAAGGAGGCCAAUAAUGGGCCUCCGUUUAACUUCCCUGGUAAUUUUGGUGGGUCAAAUGCUUUUGGGCCACCACUCCCUCCUCCAGGAUUAGGAGGGGCUUUUGGUGAUGCUAGGCCUGGUAUGCCUUCAGUUGGAAACAGUGGUUUGCCUGGUCUAGGAUUGGAGGUUCCAGGUUUUGGAGGUGGACCAAAUAAUUUAAGUGGGCCAUCAGGAUUUGGGGGGGGCCCUCAGAAUUUUGGAAAUGGCCCUGGUAGCUUAGGUGGCCCCCCUGGCUUUGGAAGUGGCCCUCCUGGUCUUGGAAGUGCCCCUGGGCAUUUGGGUGGGCCUCCAGCCUUUGGCCCUGGCCCUGGCCCUGGCCCUGGCCCAAUCCAUAUUGGUGGUCCCCCUGGAUUUGGAUCUAGUUCUGGAAAACCAGGACCUACAGUUAUUAAAGUACAGAACAUGCCCUUCACUGUGUCUAUUGAUGAGAUAUUAGAUUUCUUUUAUGGUUAUCAAGUAAUCCCAGGCUCAGUGUGCUUAAAAUACAAUGAAAAAGGUAUGCCUACAGGCGAAGCCAUGGUGGCGUUCGAAUCUCGGGAUGAAGCCACAGCUGCUGUCAUUGACUUAAAUGAUAGGCCUAUAGGCUCAAGAAAAGUAAAACUUGUAUUAGGGUAGCCAUUCACAUCAAUUCUUUAUAGGAUAGAUCUUCAUAUUGCUGUGAUUAAUGCAUCUGGAUUGUUUUCCUAGUAUUUCCAGGUUAGAACCUGUGGAUUGUUUCAAUUGCAUAUAGAUUGGUUUCUAUAACAUAGAGCAUUGGUUGUUUACAAUUCAUUACCAGGAUUAACAUUGCUGUAUGUUACAGUAAAGCUAUCUGGAGAGAACACAAAAAUAAUUUUGGCAUACCAUUAAGAGAAACCAUUUGUAAAAUUCAAUGACCAUAUAAAGUUUAUCAAGGAGUCUAGAUUGGUUUUGUUUUAUAUCGUAUGGGAUGAAGAAAGUAGAAAUGUCAGUAGAGCUCAUUGAGGGUGCUCUUGCCAGCUGCUAAAAAAUAGAAAUUGGCUGCUCUUGGAAUUUGAUUUAAAGCUGGACAGACUUAUUUUGUUAUAGGGUCAAAGCUUUGUCUAAAAUCUUCAUUUUCUUUUAAAAUUGAAUAAAAUCUCUGUAUACAGAUUCAUUGUAUGUACCUUUAUUGCUUCUUGAGGGUUAUUGCUGUAUAGACAGUCCUGCUUCAGAUGUUGCUGCUUUGUUUGCUUAAUUGACUGAUUUGUAAAUAAGCAGAACUGUUUUGGUUUUUAUUUCUAAAUAUAAAACUCCACAUUUGGUUUGUGCUAUAACCCUGAACUUUGAUUUCUAAUGUCACACUUAAAACUGUGUGGAAUGUCUUUUGCCAUUAAAAAUAAACUAUGGAGUCCUCUACCUACCAGAGCCUUUUUGGUUUGACCCCCAAGUUUUAGUUUAGUAAGUUUAAAAAUUGUUCAUGUUGUUUGUAUGGCAUUGAAAACUAGAAGCCACUUUUAGUAAUCAGUGUUUAAGGUGCUUGAUUUGAAGUCCUGUCUGUGAUGGACUCAUUGUUCUAGCAAUUUCCUUCUGUCCCAAUUUAUGUGAGAUUUUGGCCUUUAAACAGAGUGGUCCAUAAGAGAGAGCAUUAUAUCUUGGCUUUUAAAACUAAAGUUGAAAUAGUUAGCCUUGUUACCAGUAGUUUUAUAGAAUAAAAGAUCCAUAAGCUGGUCCAUAGGUUGAUGCGUGUUUUUUGUUAACUUGGAGGUGUUUUGGUGUAGUUUGAUCAGGAGCCUGUUUACAAAAUUCUUAUGCAGAUUACAAGUGCAGCUGUCAGAAAGGAGAGAAUGGAGAUUCCUUGCCUUUUAAUCUUUUGUUUGGCAUUCAGGACACUAAGGUAGGAGGACCAUAUAGGUUCUGGUUGGUGUCCCUGUCAUAGAAACAUUUGCCUUGCAGUGUCUUGCUUACUGCCACAUAAGGUACUAGGGUUUCUUUCCUUCGUUAAAAUGCUCUAAAGAUGUGUUACAUUAUAUUCUAAACAUAAAAAAUGAGAGACUGGUGAGUUAUCAUGGAAAACAAAUUUUAUCCUUUAUAUGGCCCUCUUGGUUUGGUUUGAAAUAUCCCCAAUCUUUUACAAAUCAAUGUACUUACAAAGAGAUCAGACAAAAGAAGUAUUUCCUGUUAAAAAAUACAGUGCCUUUUUGGUAUUGCAAGUCAUUGGAACACUUGAAAUACAGUGGCAUGUAAUUUAGAGUUAAGAGUGGCAGCAGUUUUAUUUGUGUGAUUAGAUUUGGAAAGUCUUUUCAUUGCUACAUCUUAGAGGAUUUGACAGUACAGGAUUUUUGUUAGGGAAGGAAUUGUUCAGACUUUCAGAAGAAGAGGUGGCUGCUUUGUGAGUCUUGAUAAUUCACACACAGAUUUUCUUGACAAAUUUCUAGAUACCGCCUCCUCAGAUGAAAAAGCAAUAUGUUUAUAAAUAUUAUUUAGUGUAAGUUUUUUGUUAUUUCUCAUUCCAAAGACAAUGCAAAAAACUUCAGCAACUCUUGGGAGUCUUAUUUCAACCACAGAUUAUUUUCCCAGUUGGAAAGCUAUUUUCAUUUUAGAAGAAUGAGUUGUCAAGAUGGAAGUCUUUUAUCCUUUUUCACAAUUUAUUUUGGUUGUAUGUUCGUACAUUCUUAUUUAAUAUUUCAUACACUCUAUUGCAACUACUUUGUUAUUCCUACAUUUUAGAUAAAUGCUAAAAAGGAAAACGAUCUUAUUGUUCAUCAAAUUAAAUAAAUUAAUAGUGGUUUGUGUAGAAAUUGGAGAGUACUGUUUCCUCUUUCGUUAAACCACAACAGUGCUUGUUGUGAAAUGUAAUUAAAUGCUUUGCCCUCUGGAACUUGAUUUUUGUAUAUCUAAGACUAUUAACAUAGUGCUAACUGCUAAGCAUACUUGUUUUUCUUGUUCUGGGCAUUGGAGUUUCAGUUUUUAAAAAACUCUUGAAAAUGUGUUCUGUGAAACUAUUCAUACCUCUCCUAUAAAUUUUCUCCUAAAACUUAGGUUUGGGGUAGAAUUGAAUUACAUAACUUUCUCAUUUGUAUGGUAUGAAGGAUUUGUAAAGCUUUGCUCAAAGUUGUGCGCAUUUGUAAACACUUAUCGUGGUAUUCUCAAUUUUAUGUGUAAAUUUUAUUGUCUGUUUUCAGUGACUUUGACAUUAAUGGAAGAGAAUCUUUCCCAUUAGGUUUAAUUUUUUUUUCUCCUGAGUUUAUUGGUGUUGUUUAUUUUCCUUUUGGUUUAAAGGAUUAGAGAAAUCUACAAAAUGUAUUUUAUAAAUAAGCAAAUUUGUAAACUUUUCUGAACAUCAGUGAAAGAUUUAGUUCACAAGCAUUAUUUGGAGGUAUGUUCUGUGUUUACAAUGUAGUUUGGAUGUACAAUUAUUAGUGGCUGUUUUUUUGGUUUUUUUGUUUUUAUGCAACACAGUGUUCAGUGAAAUGUAGUUCCUAAUUUUGUAUUCAAACUUAUCAAAGCAUCGACAAUUAAAAUUCCAUUAGGAAAGGGCAGUCUUAAUCCACUAGAUGAAAAUCUAGGACCAUGUAUGGAAGUAAGCAAACAUGUAUGUUCUUAGGUGCAAAUAGUUACCUUGCAUAAAAAUAAGGAAACCUGAAAGCUUUACUCAAAUUCAAACUCCAUUUUACUGGAUUCUGUGAUUGUGUACAGGUGUGGGUCAAGUUUGUAAAAAUAAAAUCCACUCAUAAUUUUUUGAACACUUGAAAACAAGUAAAGAGCAUGUAAAACUGCUGCUAGUCAAAUCUUUUGGGAAGAAUUUCUGGCAGUGAUCACUUGAAAAAUUAUUUCCCACCCUCACAAAAGUCACCCAUUUAAAAUUAUUUUACUUAAAUUGUUUUAUUGGCAGUUCUAUAGUAGCACAAACUUUAAAAACCAAAUACAGUAAAAUGGCUCCUUGACAAUAUGGCCACAGCAUUGCCAGCAAAUACUGCCUUGGCAUCAUUAGCAGUUUUUUGUUUAUAAAGAUGAAGUCUUGAAUACUGUUCAAUAAACUUGUCACAAAAUAAAGGCUGAUGCUUUUAAUGCUUUAACUGUACAAACGUACUACACUGAACUAUAACAUCUUUUAAAAAAAAAUCCUGAAAAUACUUUAUGCCUUUGGAAAUGUGGACUUGGUGAUCUUGGAAAUAACAAUUGUUGCUUAUCUUUGUCUGCUAAUGCUGAAGUGUGGAAAGAAGAGGAUGCCUGGAACGGCAGGGAGGAAACUUGAUUCUAGGUCAAAUCUGUGGUAUCUGCCUUUUCAGAAUUAUUUUAUUGUGUGUGUUUUGCUAGCAGACUACUUCAUUUUGUGAACUUGGAAAGAACCGGAAAUGGGAAAAGAAAUCUUCAGAGUAGAUUCUCAAUUUCAUACACCUCUAAAGCUUUUUCUUUGUUUUUGUAUUACGGUGCAAGAUACUUGAAUUGGGGAAGGAAGAGGAAUCAAAAAUACUGCUUUCUGACAUCGAUGCUUUGGUUUUUGUCCCUUCUAAUUUGUUCAAUUUUUGGAAAAAAAAUUAGCAUAUGAGGUUUUCAUAAAUUCUGCAGUGUCCUUAAAAAAAAUCUGGAUUAGAGUUGCAGGAACUAGUGAAGUUUUCCUUUUGAAAAAUUUUAUAACUUUUAAUUUUAUCAUACAAGAGUUUACCCUGUAUUUGAAUAUUAGGCUUGUUUUUAUAGGGGUUUAGACCAGACAUGUAAUUCCAGGUAGUAGCUGAACCCUUUUUUCUUUUUCUUUUUUUUUUUUGAGAUUGGUGGGGGGCAUAUCUCACUAUGUUUGCCCAGGUUGGGCUUGAACUUUUCAGUUCAAGCAAUCUUCCUGCCUCAGCCUCCUGAGUUGCUGGGACUACAAAUGCAUGCCAUGCUCAUGUGUCCAUGAGCCUUUUUAAAGUGAUCAAGAUUGAGUAAACAUUUGAACAAUGACUGAGUGAAAUCAACUGCCCGUAAAUACCCAGUAUGGCCUCUGUGAUAAUGUGUUUCCUUUUGUUCAGGAGAGUUCACUUCUUGUGUUCUCCUUUCCGGUGUUUUACAGCAAGAAAUAGGAUGUCAGUUACAUUUAUCCAUCACUGUUCUCCCCAAAGUAGAGUUUUUAAUGGGAAUGGUAGAAUCUAAUCUUUUUUGUUGCUUUUUUAUUAAAAAAAAAAAUUGCUUGGUUUGAGUUUCAUCCUUUUAGUAUAAUAUCUGAUCACAAUGACUUAAUGUAAAAUAUUUCUGGUAGAGUACUAUAGUAGUAGAACAAUUCUCUUGAGGUUGUAGUGACUUUUCUGAGAAAAAACCAUCUGUUCAAUAACAUAAGCAUGUUCUUUACUGUGCUCUGGGUUUAUUCUUGGUGCUUUGAGCUAUUUUGUGUCUGAGAGUCUCAAAAGCACCCUAAAAUAUGGCUCCUUUUUGGGUUCAACAUAACUAGCAAUAAGCAACCAAUGGUGGCACACUAGUCUACAUAUUGCUCUGUUACUGAAGAGUCCAGAAGGAGAAAAAAGCCACCUGAUAUUAACAUUCCGGCCCCAGGUACAGUAUCGGGGCAGUAUAUAGUGGUGGGGAAAAUCUCACUAACCAUACCCCUUGUUUUCUUUUGAGCCCCAGAGACCUCCAUCCAGUGAAUAUGUUGAAGUCUAGGACAGAGACUCAGCACAAAGUUGUAGAGAAGUGGUAAAUGUCACAGAGGAGCAUUGGAAUUGUCACCCCAGCUGUCAGACAUCUAGACUCUGACCCAAGUUUCAAUUCAUUUUUUUCCUAAUCAACUGCUUUCUAUUUUGUUUUGAGAGGAGAACAUAAUAUGUACAGAGUCAAAGGUACAGAAUCAGCUUAAAUCAUCCCAGGAGUGAGUUACACUAUAUUCAAAUGGGCUCACCCUGGUGUUUCAGUCCCUCUCCAUGGCAAAAUGCUGCCAUUUUGCCUGCUUAUGUAGUUAAUCUGGUAACCAGGACUAUGAAUCUUAUCUAGAGACUCAUUUGGAGCUCCCUCAGUGCUGUCUCUCUAGCUCCAGCCUCCUAAUAAAUGAAGUUCUUUGACUUAACAGCUUUUGAUUAGUGACUAAGGGUAGUCACAUGUAUUUGUGCUUCAUAUCAAAUGGUAAACAUAUUGUGCUUUAUAAAUGACCUGUUGGUCUUCAGAAAGAUAUAAGAAGAGUAAAGAAAUUCAGCUGCUUAAAGGUUCUUAAAUGGUACCAGUAGGGCUGAUGCUGAUUUCCUUCUUUUCCACUUUGAAGUGAGUUAUGCCACCUUCCACUACACUCCUCCACACAUUCCACACACAGGUCGCAAUGGGUGUGGGAGAGUGGCACAGCCUUUGUAUGGAUCUGCCUUCUGUCAAGUGGUUUACAAACCCCUCCACUAUAAAUCUGGCUGAAGUGGUAGAAGGAUUAAUGCAACUUCUAUUGACUGAAGCAGAUGCUGCUUUGCUUCUGUGACUGUUGAAUUGGCUGGUUGGAAUUGGAAAUACUUUCUCCUUUACAUUUCUAAUAGAAUUUUGCAUGAAUGUACAGUUUAGCCAUAGAUACAUCAUAUAUUAAAACUUUUUCAGUAGUGUUGUAUAUCUAGCACAUGGUGGAAAAGAAAGCAGAGUAAACCAGGCGCCGGUGGUUCAUGCCUGUAAUCCUAGCUACUCAGGAGGCAGAGAUCAGGAGGAUCGCAGUUCAGA